AUGAUUGGUGGUGUUGAGACGACUGCAUCCAUCAUGCAAUGGUUCUCCGCACUUAUCCCUGCCUACCCGGAAAUCCAGAAGCGGGCACACGAAGAACUCGACAGAGUCGUUGGCCGGGACCGCCUACCAACGAUUGAAGACGAGAUCAACCUUCCCUUCUGCCACGCGAUCAUCAAGGAGGUCGAGCGGUGCCACAAUCCCUUCUGGCUCGGCACUCCGCACGUCGCCUCGGAAGACUUCACCUACGAAGGCCAGUUCAUCCCUAAGGGUACUGUCGUGAUCCUCAACACGUACUCGAUGCAUUACGACCCUAGCCGCCACGCAGAUCCAGAGAAGUUCAACCCUGAGCGGUAUGUCAACGACAGUACCAACAACACUGAAUCUGCCAACCUCGCAGACCCAUACGAGCGGGACCACUGGAUGUUCGGCGCAGGCCGUCGCAUUUGUCCUGGCAUGAUAGUUGCAGAGCGCGAGAUCUGGCUGGCCAUCUCGCGGAUGCUCUGGGCAUUCAAUAUGAUCGAGAUACCCGGCGAGCCCAUCGACUUGAAAGAGUACGACGGUCUGUCUGGUCGUUCGCCCGUUCCAUUCCGCAUCAAGCUCGUCCCGAGGGACGAAAACGUUGCGAAGGUGCUCGGGUUGUAA